UGAAGACAAACUGACUUUCGUUUCCUUCGCGAAACUUUUAUUUAUACCUGCCCCUUACGUCGGAAAGGGGAACUAACAGCUUCACGGCUUCAGAAUCAGAGAGUGAUACGGGGACAGAGGUGCAGGUCUCUACUUGUUUUCUGUCUCUCAGGUGGACAGACUCUUCAGUCCGGUGCCCGCGAGGACGCCCCCCGAGCAGCAAACAUGAUGGAGGCAAGUGAUGGAGAAGAGCAAGUCAGAGAUGCUGAUCGUCUCAUAGCACCUCCUAAUGGCAGCACGAAUGAACUGCAGAAUGUGGGGCAAGAACACAACAUUCAGGGCCAGAUGGAGGAGUUCCUGGGUCCGCAGUCAGAGUACAAUGAGGAGGAGGAGGAGAGGAAAUAUUACAGGAGGAAGAGGCUGGGAGUCAUCAAGAAUGUUCUUGCAGCCAGUGUUGGAGCCAUGAUUGUGUACAGUGUGUAUAUGGGCCUUCUGCAAAUGCAGCUGAUCCUCCAUUAUGAUAUGACCUACCGUGAGGUGAAGUACAGCAACCUUGGCCUGGAGGACAUCGACCACAAGAUGCUUAUGGGCAUUAACGUCACGCCCAUUAUAGGCCUGCUGUACACACCUGUUCUCAUUAGAUUCCUAGGUACUAAGUGGAUGAUGUUCCUGGCUUCAGGAAUCUACGCACUUUUCGUCUCCACCAAUUACUGGGAGCGUUACUACACCUUGGUUCCAUCAGCCGUAGCUAUUGGUGUGGCCAUCGUGCCUCUCUGGGCCUCUUUGGGAAAUUACAUCACUAGGAUGGCGCAGCAGUACUACGAGUACGUCAACUACAAGGAAGAGCACGUGCAGGAGCAGAAGAAGCUUCCUAAAGGAGCGUGCCACAGCUACAUCAUCGUCUUCCAGGCAGUCUUCCACAUCAUCUUCCACCUGAGUUUUGUCUUUGCGGAGUUUCCAAUGCGUCUUGUCCUCAACAACUACCUGCAUGACGACAAACACAUUCUCUGCAAAGUGAAAACCUGCGGUGCAGCGGUCAGUGGAAUGAUCCCCGGCUUCAACAGCACCGUGCUCAUCAACCUGCCACGCUCCAUGCUGCUCAUCCAGGUGGAGAGCGUCCUCAUGGGCUUCGCCUUCCUGGCCAUGAUCAUAUUCCUUGUGCUUUGUGGUGCCGCGUACCGGCCAACAGAAGAGAUCGACCUGCGGAGCAUCGGCUGGGGAAACAUCUUCCAGCUGCCUUUCAAACACCUGAGGGACUACCGCCUGAGACUGCUCUGCCCCUUCUUUAUCUACAGCGGCUUUGAAGUGCUGUUUGCCAUCACCGGCUUCUCUCUGUCCUAUGGCGUCUGCAUUUUGGGCCUGAAGAAACUGUGGCUCCUGAUAGUCGUCUAUGGCCUCUCGUGCUCCGUCUUUUCCUCCCUCUCCCUCUGCAUCCUGCGCCUCCCACGCUGGGCGUGUCUGAUGAGCGGCUCUUUAGUGCAUUUUGUGUUGCUGGUGGCUCUCAUGGCGUUCUCUCUGGAACGGCAGGGGGAUCAUAUGUAUACAGAGUACCUGGGCCCUUUGCUAUUGAUCACCGUGCUGUGGGGUCUCGGCACUGCCCUGAACAAGACGGGCAUCAGCACUCUGCUUGGUAUGCUGUAUGCUGAGGAGAAAGAACGUCUGGACUUUGUGUACACCAUCUAUCACUGGUGGCAGGCCAUCGCCAUCUUCAUAGUCUACCUCUGGUCCAAGCUGCCUAUGAGGGCCAAACUCUCCAUCCUUUUAGCCACCUUACUGCUGGCUUGCUACUGCUAUUGGGUGAUGGAGCGUCGGCUAGCCAAGGAUUUGCGACCCAGACUCCCUCGCAUCCCUCGGCCACGGCACAAGGUCAAAGGCUACCGCUACCUGGAAGAGGACAACUCAGAUGAGUCAGACUCAGAGAGAAGCGAUGAGGAGGAGAAGGAGGAGAACGAGCAUGUGGUAGAAGAGGUAGUCCCAGAGGAAAGGGAGGAAGGGGCCCAGGGAGGUGACUCACCCAGAGCCAGGAGGAGAGGGGCCGGGGUCUCUUCCACAAAUGGGAUGCCCAUGUGAGGGAGGGUGAGAGGAAAGAAGAAGGGAGAUGGUGGAGAGAUGACAGAGGAACAGAGUAAGGGAUGCAGUGGAUGCUGUUGAGUUCAUAAUUCCAUUCAUAUUUUUUUUAGAUAUUUAUACUUAAUUUAAGUCUUAUACAUACUACACUAAACAAAAAGUGUUUUUUUUAUCAUAAGCUUUAAUUAAAAAGCUUGAAUUACAUGUUCAGCUAUAAUCAAAACAGUCAUCCAAAUGAAAAGAGAGAGGAACUGGAAGAAAAAUAUUGCUGUUUAAUAACAGGCACAAUCUCAAAGGGUAGCACACGCUGGAUAAAACAAGACUACAACUCAGAAUACAACCAGAAUACUUUUGUUUUCCUUUUGCUGCGGUUUGUAGCUCAGAUUUACCAAAUGUACCCAUAAUUAUACUGUAGAGGGGACUGUAGUUGCUUUUGCUCUUCAUCAUUCAUCAAACUGUUUUCAUUUAAAAAGAGCCCAUAUCUACAAAGAAAAAACUGCAAGAGACAGAAAAAGAAAUGAGGAAUUGAUUUUCUAAGUUUAAUCACAGGGUGAAGUGUGUUUUGAUGGAGUCAUUUUUAAGGAUCCUGCUGGAUGUGAACAGCCUUAGCUACACUUGUUCUUCAGCCUUUGUUUACCUUCCACCCAUUAACUAAUGCAAAUUUAUAGAAUUUGUAUGUUUAUAGAAUUUGUUAUAGAAAACAAGCUAACAAACACCAUGAAGCCUUGCUGCUGCAGUUGUAGUUUUCUUUCAUGGGAGCUGUACUUUUUAGUAGGAACACAAAGUAACUGUUGUUUAACUUUGGUAAAUCAUGAUGGUUUCGGUUUCUUACAACUGCUGGAGUUGAUGUUGAUUUGUUGUAGAGUAUAGAAAGUAAACUCCAGGAACAAACUUCAUUUUCUCAUAAAAGCAGAUGAAAGAAAUACUGCAUGAGAGACUGUACUGGGUCACAGAGGCCGGUGGAACAGAGCCUAGCCCAGACCCAGCACCAGGACUUUGGCUCUCUAUGAUGUUUAUUAUAUUCACCAUUUUUCAGCAGGCUAAUUAGUGCUAAAGAGGAAGUAACAUCUGAGGCUGAUUGGGAUGUUAUUAGUUUUGCAGUUAUUUAGGGACCAUAAAUAUCUGCACAUCAUUUCUUGGGAAUCUAUAAAUCAUCAGUAGAUGCUGAGACGGCUGAAACACAGGAGGAACUCACUAUUCAGCUCACGAGUUGGUACAACAAACAACAUGGCCGGAUAAUUUCUGGAAACUACACAUCAGGGUGCAGUUUCAAAUCCUAGCGUGUUGUAAAAUUUGUGUUCACUUCAGGCUUAAAAAACAUUAUAAAGUGUUACAUUCAAUACAAUACAAUACAAUACAAUACUGUAUUGAAUGCUAUGGCUGAAUUCCAUUCAGCUUCUUCAGUCUCGGAGUCCUGAUAUUGUUCCUGCUGGCCCACUGUCACACUGUCAUGACUUAAUGGGCUGCCUGAAUGAAACUGAGCCCACAGUCAAUGUCAAUUGUGACAAGUUGGGUUGUUUAGGGACUUGACUUAGUGUUUAGGAAGGAAUUUUGAGUUUUCAUCACAAAACAUAAAGUAUAUGUUUUGUGAUGUUUCCUCGCAUCGCUUUUGUUUUACUGAUGAUAUAUAGUUUAUGAAAUUACGUAAUGUCAUGUCAUGUCAUCAUCUGCCGCUUAUCUGGGUCCAGGCCCAGGCCGCAGGGGCGAUUGCCACCCAGUCCACAAUGCACCGAAG